UGUCUAUUAGCUGACGGCCUAAGAAGAGUGUCUUUCAGCAGAGGGGGCCAGCUCCUGAGACCUUCAGAGCAGGCGUCCAGGGGGGGCCCUGGUUCAGGUGCUACAUGAAUCAUACCUGAAUCAACUUGCUGAGGCUUCCUCCCCUGCCAAGGCACCUUGAAGCAGUCCAAGCCCGGGUCCUUUCCUCUUUAGCAAGAGAAAGUGAAAAAUGACUGCAAAAGUUCCAUCUGAUAAACACCAUAAAGUGUGUCCUCACUUGUCUCUGAAACUGAAGGGCUUUAAGCAGAGACAGGAUGCUGAUUUCCUGGUCCUAAUAGGCUUGUGUUUGUGAUGAUUGUUCUUUGCCAGGGAAACAAAAACAAAGUGGGUGACUUCUGACUGUUCUUAGGUUUGCCAGACUUUUUUGUUUGUUUGCUGUAUGGUUCAAAAAAGCACUUUUUGUUGUUGUUUCAGUUCCUAGGGCGCAGAAAUGGCAUGACUCUUGACUGAUGCCCCUUGCAUGAGAUUUAUGGCGUAGGGGUGUGGAAGUGGUGGGGACUUAGUUAUCGGCAGGAUUUGCAGGCUUCCCGGGAGUCCUGUAGUUGUCAAACCAGCUCUAGUGAGGGGGUUGGUUGCGGUGUGCGCCGCUGGCAACAGUGUUUUAGGUUUCUCUCUGCCACAUAAGCCCCUUCCUUUUACAGUAAUAGCACGAUGGUCCUGCUCAGGGGUGGCUCGAGACUGUGAGUACCAAAAGGCAAGUGCCAUCCUGCUCUGAUCUCCCUCCAGUCUGCCUCCCAAGUGGUGAAACAGGAAGCAGCGUCCCAUCAGGAAGAACCUGAAAGUGCCAUCCAGUAGCUUUGUCUCACGUCACUGAUUGCCCUCAGUCAGAAAUCCUGACUUGCAACUUUGCAGGGUGGGUCUCUGAAAAAAAAUUCACAUAAUGAGGUGUGUGCUGAGAACAGAGCUGCACACACCUCUGACUGCUCUCGCAGCAAGGGACGCCUUUUGUGGACUGACAGUUCGGAAAGGGAUGUUGUGAAGGUCAACCAACAUUUUAAUAUAUAUAUAUAUAUAUAUACGCACAAAUAUCAAAAAGCUAUCAAAUAACAAGAAUGUUUCAGACACUCAAAGAAUGGUUCUGGUUGGAACGAUUCUGGCUUCCUCCAAAAAUGAAGUGGUCAGAUCUCGACGAUCACAACGGACUUGUCUUUGCCAAACCUUACCACUUAUAUAUGACGAUUCCCUGUGCUUUUCUCCUGCUGGUCAUCAGAUAUUUCUUUGAAAAGUUUGUUGCUACACCUCUAGCAAAAACAUUUGGCAUUAAAGAGACAGUUCAAAAGAUUAUUCCAAAUGCCACCUUAGAGAAUUUUUUCAAUCAUUCUACAAGGCAUCCAUCACAAACCGACAUCUAUGGACUGGCAAAGAAGUGUCACUUGACAGAGCGCCAGGUUGAAAGAUGGUUUAGGAGGCGGCGGAUCCAAGACAAGCCUUCCAGGAUGAAGAAAUUCCAGGAGGCUUGCUGGCGGUUUGCAUUUUACUUAGUGCUCAACAUUGCUGGAGCCGCAUUCCUUUAUGAUAAACCUUGGGCGUAUGACCUGUGGGAGGUUUGGAAUGGCUACCCCAAACAGCCGCUGCUGCCCUCCCAGUACUGGUACUACACCUUAGAAAUGAGCUUCUACUUCUCUCUGCUGUUCAGCCUCAGCUCCGACGUCAAGAGGAAGGACUUCCUGGCACACGUCAUCCACCACCUGGCUGCCAUCAGUUUGAUGAGCUUCUCGUGGUGUGCUAAUUACAUCCGCAGCGGGACCCUCGUGAUGUUUGUGCACGACGUGGCUGACAUUUGGCUGGAGUCUGCUAAGAUGUUUUCCUACGCUGGAUGGAACCAAACCUGCAACUGCCUCUUCUUCAUCUUCUCCCUGCUCUUCUUUGUCAGCCGCUUCAUCGUCUUCCCCUUCUGGAUCCUGUAUUGCACGCUGGUCAUCCCCAUGCACUACCUCAAGCCUUUCUUCUCCUACGUCUUCCUCAACCUGCAGCUCGUGCUCCUGCAGGGCCUUCACCUCUACUGGGGCUACUUCAUCCUGAAGAUGCUCAGGAGAUGCAUAUUCACGAAGGAAAUCCAGGAUGUGAGGAGCGAGGAUGAGGACGAGGAGGAAGAGGAAGAGGAAAAAGAGGAAGAGGCUUCCAAAAGCAAGGAGAGAGACUCUCUGAAGAAUGGCCUUGGGGCCAACAGGCAUCUGGUUCCGAAUGGCCAGCACGGCCGCUAGCCCGCAGCCCACGUGCUGGCCCUGCACAGGUGCUGCGAGGACUGUGGUGGCCCGGAGCCCCGACCGAGACCCCGGGUUCUGCCCUCCCCCUUCCCAACCUGCCUGAGAUGUGUGUAGCAAUGUUCACUUGUGUUAGGAAAAUGUUACAUGGAAGCAUGCCUGUGGGUGCCCAUGGGUGCCCACGGGUGUUCGCGCAGACUGCUCAGGGCUUCACGGGUCUCUCCAGGGCCGUCCUGGCUGUGGUCACCUUCCGGAGCUCACCUCGCGGGGCGCCCUGUCACCACACGCCUUGCACAGUCCGACAAGUGCUGACUAAACCCACAAGCACGGCUCUUCCCCCAGAAAGGAGCUGCAGGUGGCGUGGGACAGCGGCAGAGGUCCACACCAGGGGAUGGUUUUCAGGGUGCUUCACCCCCACAGUGCAGGCUAGAGGCCUGGGGCCGGGCUCCGAUGGGAUAGCAGAAGCCCAAGUGCUUGCUGUGCUGCCCCCAGCCUGGUUGUGCUGGGGCCCAGCCAGGUCUGGGGGGAGGGAGCCCUGAGCAGAGGCCAGCGCCUGGUGACGUCAAGAGAUGCCAGUACCUGGAGGCGCUCUCCAUUUUAUGCCGUUGCUGUUCCUGUCGGCCCCCAAGGAGCUGUGGCCCCUCUUCCUCGGCUUUCCUGGCGCCUCGCUCUGGUCCUCCCUAAGAGGGCCACAUCCCUGCUGCUGUGCCCCUCCCGGGGGGCCCCCAGGUGGCUCCCUGAGCCCCAUCAUCCAGGGGCCUGCCCUGCGUAUCCAGACCCCCCCAGCAACCCUGGCAGCAGCGAGGACUCGGGGCGGGCGUGAGGGCUGGGGUCAGCUGCUGGCUCCCCCUCCCCGCCAGGGCGGGGGCCAUGGGGGACACUUGAACACAGCUCUGGCCCCUUCUGGCCUUGCCCCGGCACGGUUCCUCGCCUGUAGAGGAGGAAUGGAUGGCGCAGCGUCUGCCCACGCCCACUGCAGCCGUGCAGAGUUUGGGGUCAGGUUUUGUAUUUUUGCUCCUUUGCUGAGAAGCCUGAGUUGGAUGCAAGCCUGUGGGAGGUGAGCCCCCAGACUGGAGAGCCUGCCCCGCCCCGGAGGCUGCAGGGCCUUGGAGCAGGGCAGGCCCUGUGCACAGCAAAAGAGGCUGAGGUUCUGGUUUUUGUUUUUAAUAAAAACAUGUUUUUAAACCUUGAGGCCAAACAGAAAAACAAAUGAAAACCCUUUUCAGAUCCUUUCCCAGUGAACUAUCUUUCUGAGGAGUUUUCGGGGAGAGAAAAGCAGCCACCAGGUUUUCCCCGCAGAACGCACACUGCAUGAGGACGGCACCAGACGCGGGAUCGCGGCACACAGUGUCAAGUUCACGCGGCGCGGCCGUUGAGUUGUUGUUGGCAUUGUAUCCUUGUUACAUAGAAGGUCACUCCAAGGCAUUUAUUUUGUGUUUCUAGUUAGACUGUUUCUUCCCUACACUUCCUUUGGUCUUGUCUGCACCACAGACCUUGUCUCCGUGAGCUGCGGUGUGUCUGCUUCUCUGUCUUCCAGCUGUCACUGUCAUUUGAAUGUCAAAGGUGAAGCCCACGUUGCAGUUCCAGCGUCUCCGCUGCUGCCGGACGCGCUCAGCUGCUCCCCGAGAGCGGGGUCUGCGUCUUUGUAGCAUCCUUGAGGGCUCGUGUGGUUCGCCGUGAAGGGAUUCUCUCGUUCCGCAGGAAACAAGGGCUCAGGCCUGUGCCAGGAGUUCAGGAGAAAGCAAGCCACAGUGCCUCCCUGUCAUUGGAAUGGCAAGGACUUAGAAUAAAACUGAAAUGGAAUCCAG